GUAGUAAGAAAGGGCUUCACAAUGCUGUAGCAGACAACAAAAACCCUUGGAUAGUAGCUUUAACGAAGGAGAGGGAGGGAUAAAAAAUGUCUCCUAAGGGGACCAACUCUGACUAGAUCUAUGGGCCUAGAAGGGAAAGGGCCGCUCUAGGCUUUGGAGACUCUAUGGUGAUGCCUCCAGAGUCGUUUUUUUAAUGGAGGUUUAGUUGGUCUUUGGAUUGGAAAGAGACGGAGGAAGACUGGCUUCAUGCUGCCCUCCGACUGCGCUCGAAGGCUGGUUUCCUUGCUCACCCAGGCCUUGGAUGACUGUACUGAGCAAAAGCAGAGAUUGCAGCAGAAUGUAAUGCGGUGCCAGGCUCUUCUUAAAGACUGGAACUCAGACGUUUCUGAAAGUGCAGCCCUUGAAGAGAGCAAAAAUGAUAAUCAAACAUCUGUAGAAAGUGAGCCCACAGCCAAGGAGCUUGAGGAAUUGGAACUCCUUAACAAAGCCCUGGAAAAAGCAUUAAGAGUUCGAACAAAGUACCAGCAGGCUCCAUGUCAGCUUAUAAAAGGUGCCAAAGCUGCAGAUAAGACGGUUGUUACCAGUGUCCCUUUGAACCAGCAAGGCGAUAAGCCUAAGGAGAGUAUCACUAAGAGUGGUAAAGUGUCAUCUGUGAUUUGCAAACCUUCAUUUCCCAAAAAGCCAACAGCAUACAUGCUGAAAGCUCCCUACAGAACUGAUCCAGAUCUGAAAAGGCCUCAGGUGAAAACAUCGGCCAGACUGAGUUCCAGAGCUUCAGUGGUGCCUGGGAAGAAGUCUCCUAAAGGGACUUCCCCUAAAGCCAAGUUGCCUGUGAAGAUAACCCAGCUAGGUCAUGGGAAGGCCUGUGUUGCCAAAGUGUUGCCUGGAAGGAGUCCUUCAUUUGGGACCUCUGAGGGUGGGGGAGACUCUGCAAAUGCUGAUCUCUCGCUGCCCAAAAGAGAAAUCAGUCUUUCAGAUCCUUCUGUCAAGUGUUCAGCUGCACAGACCCAUGUUGGAAGAGCCUCUCUGGGAAUGGGAACAGCUCCCCAGGUUUCUACUCUUCAGGCAAAGGGGUCUUUGCUGGAAUUGCCUCUUCCCUACAAAAAAGCCUUUUCCAAGUAUAUCAGAUUGUUGGAGAAGUGCCAAGGUUGCCAAACAAGUCCAGAAGCAACUACUGCGAAGAAUCACUUUAUGGAAAAGCUACAGGCAACGUUCUGUUCACCAUCACCAGCUUUUAGCCCAAUUGAGGUGAGAAGGGAGUUGAUGGAUUUGAAAGAUGUCAGCUGCCUUAUGAGACAAUACAUGGAAACUGAGACCUCAGGCUCUCUUGGGGAAAAUCCAACAUGGGAGAGAGAAUAUGAAAGCCUUCUCACUCUGGAGGGUCUGCAAACAAUAGCUAAAGAGCAUCUGGACAAAGUGCAACAGUUGAGAGAAGCUAUGGAGUCGCAUGCAAAGUUGCUUCCUGGUAACUCAGUUUGUGGUAUGGGCUGCUCCUCUAAAGAAUGUCCCUCCCUUGGAAAGGAACGGUGUUGGGAUGUAGAAACUGUUGGGCCACCACCCCUGCUUUUUUACUCAAGCUUGAAGGAGCUGAUGGACAUGGAGACUUUAAAGCUGAAGGUGGCAAUGCUUCAGCAGCGAUUGGAAAUACAGAAGGCCAUGGAAGCUGAACUCCUCCCACUUCUAGAACCAGGACACCUUCAAGAAGGUUCUAGAGCAUUAUUGUAUCGUUCUAUUUACACGCUGCUGUGUGAAGGAGGUGAGAACUUCCCUGUUCUUGUGAACGAUGUGGAGUUGUCCGAUUGAAUUGAGACCUCAAACAGACAUAAGACAGCUGAACUAUGUCUGCAGUUGUUAGAUGACUGAGGUUUCCUAGACUGUUAUCAACUUAACAGUGGCAUUGCUUUCCUUGUGUGCAUUUGUAAAAACAAAGAUUUUAUAUUUCAGACA